UGAGUGCAAACUUCAUGGUGUUUUGUUCAUCUCGUGUUAUUCGCAUGAAACAAAGUUUGUUGCAACCAGACUCCAGCGGCCUAUAAAACCCCACUAAACCCCUCACGAGUGACCACCACCACAGUAGCGCUCCCCCCACAAGGCCACGCUGACACUAGCCAACUAGCCACCAUGGCAUCCUCUCCUAAGCUUUUUCUCCUGCUCGCCACCUUGAUCCCAAGCUGCGGCCUCCUCCUCGCAGACUUCGCCCCGAUGACGCUGACCGUGGUGAACAACUGCCCGUACCCGAUCUGGCCGGGCAUCCAGGCCAACGCCGACAGCGAGGUCCUCGAGGGCGGCGGCUUCUACCUCCCGGCGCUCUCCCACCACUCCUUCCCCGCCCCGACCCACGCCUGGUCGGGCCGGAUCUGGGCGCGCACCGGCUGCGCCCCGGCCGGCGGCGCGCAGGAGCUCCGCUGCGCCACGGGCGACUGCGGCGGGCGGCUCCAGUGCGGCGGCCUCGGCGGCGCCGCGCCCGCCACGCUGGCCCAGGUCUCCCUCCACCACGGCGGCAACGACAACGACCAGUCCUCGUACGGCGUGAGCGUGGUCGACGGCUUCAACGUCGGGCUUUCCGUGACCCCGCACGAGGGCCGCGGCAACUGCCCCGUGCUCGCCUGCCGGAAGAACCUCACGGAGACCUGCCCCAGCGAGCUGCAGGUCCGCGCCGGCGCCGGGGACGGCGUCGUGGCGUGCAAGAGCGGGUGCCAGGCGUUCGGCACCGACGAGCUGUGCUGCCGCAACAUGUACAACAGCCCGCAAACCUGCCGCGCCUCCAAGUACUCGCAGUUCUUCAAGGGCGAGUGCCCGCAGGCGUUCACCUACGCGCACGACAGCCCCUCGCUCACUCACGAGUGCUCCGCGCCGCGGGAGCUCAAGGUCAUCUUCUGCCACUAGAGUCCAGUGGCUCCAGCCGGCCGUCGACUGGCGUCCCUACCUAGCUGGGAUCUGGUCAUCUGGGUUGUGUUUGUCCUCAUGCGCAAGACGGCGGUGCUUGGUGUGGUUCGUGAUCUGAAGUAAUGGUGUUAAUUGCCUGGAUUCCAGUCUGAAAUAACAAGUGUUCAGAGUCAAUCACGUGUUAUGUGCAUUUUGAGUUGCAUACCCCUCUUCCCCCCAUACCUUUUUCUCCUCUGAAGCGAUCGUAAAAUCAUCAACGCAAAUAUGUUCCGUUCUU